AUGAAAGUGAGCAAGUUAAAUUUGAUGGCCUUGAUCUCGUAUACUCUGUCGAUUGCGCAGAAAUACAGAAUAGAUGGCUCAACAAUUAUAUUCCACCACUGGAUCAUGAAGUAAAAAUUACCUUUCUAACGUAACAGUUUUAAUCUCGGAUAUGCUACGGGCAUACUCUUUUAUACCAGUUAACCAUGCUACGCUUCUACCUGUUGUUCAUAUUAGUCAAAGUCGCCUGCGUCAUCUUCCAACACCUCUUGCCGCGUGCCCCAACUUGACGCGUUUGUUUCAAAACAUGUUAGUUGCUCAGGAUUUUGUGACUCAAGAUGCCCUCGGUCGAGAAAUGACUCGUCUUCACCAGGAACACAGCGUAUACAACGAGGUUAAUCUCCUGGCAGCCUUCCAAGCAUAUCUGAUUUAUUCGAUAAUAAUUUCUUUGAGUUUGAUCAAGGCAAGCCGUCUGGAUUACACCAAGCGAUGGAGAAGCUACAAAAUAUAGCAUACGAAGUUUCACGACGUGGCCUCAGCUGUUCAGCCGAAUUAUCUGGUUCAAGACCACAGUUAGAGUUGUGGAUAAUUGUUGAGUGCAGGAGGCAAACGCUGUCCACAAUGCACAAUGUACUUGUUCGACAAUCUUCUUUGUUCACAUGACAGAUUGCCCACUUUCUCGGCCAAAAAAUGGAAAGGCACGCUUGUACCUUCAUGGGGCCUUCUUUGGACAGCUGCGCCGAGAAAAAAAUGGUCAGAUUUAUAUCACAGAUAUUUAUACAUUCGGAGUGCCGAUGGCCCUCUGCUCAACGAGGAGCUUCGGCCCGUACCUCUCGACAUCUCAGAGCAGAAUGUCCAACGGCGGCAAGAAGGGAUAAUCAAUUGGCUGACAGCAUUAGACAAUCUUUCAACCACGCCAUUUACCGUUACAGUGUGCACUCACAGCAGCUAA